UACAAUGUGUAGGCCUAUACAUUGUUCAUUGGCCAGUAUGUUGUUUAUCUGUUGACUAAUUAAUUGAUUUGGAACUGUUACUUGUAAUUGUGCACAAUAACAUAUGCAACUUACAGUUAUCUAAAUGACUGUAAGUGGUGUGUGACAAUGGCCGAUGAAUACCCAUGGCAGACCUAUUUCGAAGGAUUUAGUGAUGCAUAUCAUGGUUAUGUGUAUGAGAUAGACGACACAAUAGAUGUAAUAAGAGAGUUUUCUUAUGCCACAUCUUCAUCAUAUGCAGUGACAAGAUGCACAAAGAAUUUUGGUUCAUUCAAUCCAGGGGGUGAUCAUAAAGAAGAUCAUUUUAUCCGGUUUACUGAUGACAACAAACUCAUUCACGCCAAAAGACUUUCUCCUGAUGGGAUUCCGUUCAUGAAUGUUGGCCUGAAAUUAUUUGAAUGUCAUCAAGGACCAUCACAUAGAAAGUCGUCAGCCAAGAGUUCCAAACAAACUGAUGCAGAACAUGGGUAUAGCCAAAUACCAAGCAAGCGCAGGCUUACGGGAACGAAGAAAAGAGGAUGUCCAGCAUCAAUCCUGUUACGGGAAAUUAUUUUCUUUCCAGAGUACAAGGUAUCUAGUUCUACUAGCCCCUAUCACAUAACAAAUUAAACUUUCUUAUUCUUGAUUUCAAACACUUAAGAUAUUUAUCAACAAUUUGACUUUUUUUUGUAAAUCAGUAAAUUCAGAACACAUUUAGACUUAUUAGUUUUGCAUAUCAAGUACAUUGACUAAUGUAUUUAAUGAUCUUCUAUUUUAGGUUAAUUCGUUUUUCAAUGUUAUAAUCAUUAUACA